AACGUUAGUUUAAGAAAAAACCUAUUUAUUUUGUCGGUUUUGGGAACUGGGGAGAGUGACGGACGAGGAUGACGACAAAACAAUAUCGACGAGCCACCAGCGUCAAAGAAAAAGCGAUUUAUAAUGUACAACUCUGAGUGUGCGAAAAGAGAAAACUUUUCUGAAUGGUUAAGACCCUACCAAGGGGGAAGUGGGUUCCACAAAGCAGAAUUUCCCAGUUAGCUAGAUAAGUUAAGCAAAACUUCAAAACUGUCCAAUAGGAGGAGAGGAAAGCGACCUUCCUAUGAGACAAUCCUUACAUUUGGUUUAAGUUAUCUGGCUAAUGAAAAAAAUACUGCUUUGUGGAAUACACUCCUUUCUAAUUCCAGCUAAAAUUUCAGUUAUAUACGAAGCAAAAGCAGCGCUGGAAAAUUAUGCAACAGAGUCUUCUAUUAAGCAAAUAAAAAAAUCUACCAAUUGCAACCUUUGGUCAAAGCAGAAGUUAGAUUACACUUUAAUUUUUCAUGCUUUUAGUUUAAAGUAUUAAUUGAGGGACAGCAGGGACGUCUGCAGGCAGCAAAACGGGAUGAGAAAUACACAUGGAAAAGAGGCGCCUGUUGACUAUGUGUGACUGCUGAGAAGGAGCCGCUGUGACCAGUACCCCGUAGGAGCCGCUUGUCUGUUCUAACCUUCCCAGCGAUCAGCUGAAAUGUCAGCGGAAGCAGAAACCAAUGUAAACAACCAAGCUGACCCUGGCCCAGCCAAGACCCCAGCUAAGAAAGAGAAGAAGAAAGGCCCAGAAAAAAAUGAUGAAUUCUUGCUGGCCAGGUUCAAAGGUGAUGGGGUGCGAUACAAAGCCAAAUUGAUUGGUGUGGAUGAUGUACCUGAAGCCAGAGGGGAUAAAAUGAGCCAGGACUCCAUGAUGAAAUUAAAGGGCAUGGCUGUAGCUGCUCGAUCCCAGGGAAAGCACAAACAAAGAAUCUGGGUCAACAUAUCACUUUCUGGUAUCAAACUUAUUGAUGAGAAAACAGGGGUAAUAGAACAUGAGCAUGCCGUAAAUAAGAUCUCAUUCAUUGCACGUGAUGUGACGGACAACCGGGCCUUUGGUUACGUAUGUGGUGCAGAAGGUCAACACCAAUUCUUUGCCAUUAAGACGGCCCAGCAGGCUGAGCCUCUAGUAAUUGACCUGAAGGACCUCUUCCAGUUAAUUUUCAAUUUGAGGAAGAAAGAAGCAGAGGGUCCAAAAAAGGAUGAAACAAAUAAGCAGGUGAUGGAGAAUGGCCGUGAUGCCCUGCUUGAUGUUGAAGGUGAAGCAGAUAAGUUAAAAACUGUGGAGCAGCUAGACCUCUUUGGAGACAUGUCAACUCCACCAGACUUAAAUUCUCCUUCGGAGACAAAUGAUAUCCUAUUGCUGGACCUUUCCACUGACAUUGACAGCAAUCAAAACUGUGUAAAGGGAAAUCCCUUCACCUCUUCCUGUCCUUCUGUCACCUGGCACAACCCACAGUCCAGCAACUCGCCUGAAAACCCCUUUUCUUCCCAGCUCAGCUUUUUUCCUGCUCCUAUUCCUGACCCUUUUGGUGACGACCCCUUCUCCAAAAAUGACCAAUCAGCACACGCCAAUUCUGUGACCCCUGGCUCUUUCAGUUGUAGCCAGGAUAAAUCGUACUGCAACCUUAAUGGGCCCAAGCAAAACGUUAGUCAGCAUGGUGACUCUGAAUACUUCGGGCAUCAGUUUGAUGAGAUAUCUAGUAAACCUGUGAUCCAAACGCUGUCCAAUGGCCAGUGGCCAUUGGAACACACUCUGGGGGAUGCCUGGAAAAAAAAUGAGAUCCCAGUGAAGGAACAGAAUGGCAUCCAUUACAAAUCUACCCAUAAUCCAUUCUUUGAGAGCUCUUGCAAUAGCCCACCCUUGAAAAACAAGUUAAACAAUGAGCCAGUUGGGGUUUCUGAGGCCCCUGUAACUGCAGCAAAGGAUUCUGUCCUCAUUAGCCCCCCUCCACUCAACACUAAAGCUGGACGAGGACGGAGAAACGUCAAGUCUCCUACAAAUAUUUUUGGAUCCGACCUGUUUGGUUCACCCUCCCAAGCAGAAGCACCCUCUGUGCCUCAGAUGGACUUUGUGCAGCCGAACCCUGUGAACCUUUUCAACAGUACCCCAGCUACCACUGUAUCCCCAUUGGCAGCCUUGAAUAAUACACCUGCCAUGGCGGCACUGGGAAAGCUGUCACUGGGAGGUCCUGCAGCAGUCUCCUCAUCAGCUACAUCUGCAUGGAGACCACAAGCCCCCACCAUGUUCCCUGUAUCUGGUGGUAUUCCCCAGGUCACUGUGCCAGGUUCCCAGGCCUCGCCAUUCAGUGUCACAUCUCUGCCUGGAUGGGGGCAGACUCCUUCUCUUAUGGGGAUGGCCACUGCUCCCCAGCCCCCUGCUUGGGGACAGGCUCUGGCUCCAGUACCCCCUGGAGCUUGGCCUCAACCUUCACCUACAGCCGGCUCCUUCCAUUCUGGUGCAAUGGCCACCUCACUCAUGCCAGGGGUUAUGGUGGGAGUGCAGCAAGCUUCUACACCUCUGCCCCAACCUCCACCUCGGCCAGCUCCAGUGGAGCCCCCCAAAACUGAGAACAAUGCCUUCACUGCUCUGGACCCUCUGGGUGACAAAGAGCAAAAGAAUGUGAAGGACAUGUUCAAGGACUUCCAGAUAGCUAAACCCCCAGCUGUCCCAGCCAGAAGAGGUGACCAGGCUGGUUCCACAGAAAGUGGAGCCUUUGCUGAGUACUUCUCCAACAAAGUGGGCUUGGCUCAGGAGGUGGCCGAUAAUGAUGACUUUGACGUCGGUCAGCUAUCAGCCAAGAUCAAUGAGCAACCCAAGCCUAUGCCAAGACAGACAAUCUCCCCACCUGCUAACAUGACCCCUGUUAUGGCCACCCCUGCGCAGGCUGAGAAUCCAUUCAAUGAUUCCUUCGGGGCUGACCCCUUUGGAUCUGCUUCACUUACAAUGGUUCCUCCUCCUGUCCAGCCAAGUGCUGCUGCUGACCCUUUUGGAGACCCCUUUGGGAACCCCUUUGCCUGAUUACCACCAACCUUUCCAGCAUUCAGCUGAAACCAAGAAUUCCUCAGCCAUUGUUGACCCAAGAGGCAGGAACUACACGAGUUGCUGUGGUUGUCCCGGGUGUGACUUUCUCCAGACUACCACCUUAACUGAAAUUUCCUGUAAUUUCACUUUGAUCUACACAUUCUUGAUAAAUCUCUUAAAUGGGACAGCGUAACAAAGAUUACAUAGUGUAGUCUCUUGCCAAAGGUCUGUUCUGCUUCACAGUCAGCUAAAUUUCUGAAUGAUAAAUAUACUAGUGUUGUUUAGAACAACAACAAAUUGGGUGUAUCUGCUUGAAGGGCAUACAUACCAUUGGACUGUAUUUCCAUAUUUAUAUAGAGGGAAUAUCCAAAUAUGCUUACCCCUCCAUUUGUGAAAUUACAGAACCUUUGCAGAAUGUCUAUUAAAGAUGAGAAUAUGAGCAUUUUUAGUGUUCCGUGUUUACAUCCUACAGUACUGAUGGCACAAUCUCUAACUGUAACUCAGUCUGGAAUUAGUCCUUUUUUUUUGUUAGCUGGUGAAUAAACGCCACCUUUGAUGUAGUACUUGGUACUUCUAAAGUAGACUUUACAAUGUAGUGUUUACUUCAUGCAGCAAGCAAUGUAUAAAUUAAGUAUGUUGCAGGAUAAUCAACUCCCUCACAGCUUCAGACUACAUGGUAGGCUGGUAUAGCAACAGCCUCAGUUUUGCACCUUCAAUGCUUUAAAAAAAAAAAAAGUCACACACUCAGUGCUUUUUGCUAUUGCUUAAUCUAUGACAUUAGCCUUUUCUACUUCAGUUUACUACUUGUUAAUCAUAGCAUUGUUUUGUUAUACUCUACUGAUAUAAUUACAGUUGUGAUAAUGGGGAAAUUAUUCCAAAUCGUCUCAGGACAUAGAUUUGUUUUUCUCAGUACUGUGCUUGGUAUGCAAACCUGAACAUAUUUUUCUUUCCUAAAUAUGCAAGAUCUACAAAUGACUUGGGUAUUGAUAAUUAGAGGUUUAUCUGAUCGCUGGUGCUUUGCCAGAAUAAAACACGAGACAAACGUUGAGAAUCAUUUAAGAAGUACCUCUGCGACAUAUAAUCACCGAAUAGAAUAAUUAUAAUUGUUAAUAGGUAUGACAUUUGAUGCUCCGAUCAAUUCGUGCAAAAUAUCUCAGCCCCUCAACACGGAUUUUUACUUAAAAUUAAGAUGUACCUUAUAAUGAAUCGACAACAAUAUGAAUGAAAGCAGGUCUUAUCCUUUAAAUAUCAAAUUCUAUUAUACCAUUAGGUGGCAGUAUGUACUUUGGUAUGACGAGUUGUUUUGGAAUGUAUCUGAAUCAUAAUGAUCUUCCAAUAAAUAUAGAUAUUUUCAAAUGA